AUGAAGAGCGCAUGGAGCGCAUGGAGCGCAUGGAGCGCAUGGAGCGCCAAGGCCCUGGUCCUGACGGCACUUUGGCUUUCCAUCGGGGAAGCUGCCCUCACUGGUGACACCCUCAGCUCAGGGUCGCCUGUUGCGAAGAUUGUGGAGAUGUUGAAAGAUAUGUCAUCAAAGUCAGACGAAGAUGGGAAAGCAGAAGAGGAGACCUUUUCGAGCUUUAAGUGCCACAGCACGAAGGUCAUUGAAAGCAAGGCAACCAAGAUGUCUGAUUUGGAAGAGCUCAGCUUGUCUCUGGAAAACAAGAUCGAGAAGCUCACAGCUUUAAAGGGUGAGCUUGCAUCCAAGGCAGUGUCAGUGAAGAAGGACUUGGAAAAAAAUGAUGAAACAAAAAGGGAGGCUGACAGCACCCGUGAGAACAGUCACAAGAGCUUUCUCUCCAGCGAGAAGGAGAUGCCUACAAACCUGAAGACUUUGAGUCAAGCAUUGACAUCCUUGAAGGAAACAGAGAAAAAAAGUGCAGCUACAGAGUUGUUGGCCAUGUCUAGCAACGCAGAGCUUGCUGCUCUUGGAAGGCAACUGCAGGAAGUGCAAAACCCUCCAGCUUCAAAUCCUUUUUCCAAAGAUUUCCUUUCUCCAAAGGAUGGUCUUGCCCUGCUAGGUGGGGCUCCAGGCAAUUACGAGUCCCAAAGUGGUGGUGUCUUGGGUGUGUUGACGAGCACCAGAGACACCUAUGCCAAAGACUUGGAAACCCUGCAGCAGACCGAAGCGUCGCAGAAGGACGCCUUUGACAAAAUGACUGCCACACUUCUCUCGGAGAAGAAGGAACUCGCAGAGUUGUUGCGAAUCACCGAAGCCAGCAGAGCAAGUACUGAGGAAGAGAUUGAGACCAGGAAGUCUCAGCUGAAAGAAGCCAAGGAAAACCUAGCAACUGAAACAGAUCUCAAAGCACAAGAAGAAAAGAUGUUGGCUUCCAAGACUGCAGUCUAUGAGCAACGAAAGAGUCUAAGGUCAGAAGAAGAGACAGCUAUCGCACAAGCCAUUGCUGUUUUAAACAGCGAUUCUUCCUUCGCAACUUUCACAGCAGUGAAGACAAGUCCGAGCUUUUUACAGCUUGGUCGCUCAACUGGACUUGCAAAGUCUGUUUCUCGAAGGGGCCAGGCAAUCCAGUUCUUGAGGGAGGAGGCGCAUGCUAGAAGUUCCACGAAGCUUGCUCAUUUGGCUGUACUAUUGAGCUCGGAGUCAGCAAAUCCAUUUGGCAAAGUUCUGGGCGAGAUUGAGAAGAUGCAGGAGACAAUUGUUGCAGAGGGAAAGGCUGACAGGAAGAAGUUUGAUUGGUGUGCAGCUGAAAGGGCUAAGAGCAAAGAGUCCAAGAGCGACAAGGAGACUCAAAUUGGAAGCUUCAAAGCAGAACUGCUGGAGCUCAAGGGAACUCUCACAGGCCCAGUGGAUGGCUUGGAGGCCACCCUAACCAAAGCUGAAGAAGAUCUCAAGGAAAACGAGGAAGAUCAAGAGAAGGAAACAGCAGAUCGGAAAAAGGAAAACAAAGAGUACCAGAAGAACAUCGCGAACUUGCAGAACGCCCAGGGCCUGGUUGACAAGGCACUCUCGGUACUGAAGAAGUUUUAUGCCAAGGUUGCGUUGACGCAGGUGAAAAACCAAGCAAAUGAGCAAGCUGCAGAAGACCCUGAGUACGACGAGGGUGACUUUAAAGGGCAAGCAAAUGGUGGCAAAGUCCAAGAGCUUCUGAAGGCCGUUUUGGAUGAUACCGCGAAAGAGGAGGCCGAUGCUCACAAAGCGGAACAGGACGCUCAGAUAGACUUCGAGGAUCGCUUGGCUUUGCUGACAAGGUCAGCGGAGGAGCUGGGGAAGACAAUUACUGACACACAGAAAGCGAUUGCCGACGCCAAAGUCAAGGUCACUGAGAACAAAGAGAUGAAAGCAGAUGCUGAGAAGGAGAAGAAGUCAAUCGAAGAGUACUUGGAAGAUAUCAAGCCGCAGUGUGACUUUAUCACCAAGAACCUGGAUCAACGCAAGGCCAAUCGUGCAGGUGAAACAAAAUCACUUGAAAAGGCUAUUGAAUUAAUUAAAGGAACUCCAGCCUACAAAAGCCUGGCCUGA